AUGUUAAAUGCUAAAGAGGUUGAGCCAAUGGUGUGGCCAUCUCUUGAGGAGGCUAAAGACCUCAUACGCGGUUUUCUUGCCUUGCCGGACUUCGAGAGGAUAAAGAACGAGACGACUCUCGAGUCACACUUGAAGGAGAAGAUAAGGAAGGUUAAAGAGAAAUUGAUGAAGAUGCGUGAGAAGAAAAAAGAGUAUAUGGUUGAUCAAUUGAUGGUGCAAAUAAAUCAUGGUCGUAAAAUUGAUGAUCCUAACUUGCAUGAGAUCCAUGGAUUGCUAUCUUUCUCAAAGGAUAAGAUCAUUCAAUUUAAGAAUAGGCUAGGUAUCACGCAAUAUCCUCCUAUUCGUGAUCCACCGGUGAAUCCAUUUGAUGCGGAAUCCAAUAGCGUUAGAACCAAUACAAAUGAUGUUUUCAUGAUAGGAGGCGGUCAAGACGAUGAGAGAGCGGGGAAUACUUAUGAAGCAUCAAAGAGGAUUAACAUUGGUAAUGCACUAAGGGAUAAUCAAAGUCAUUACUUAAUGGAUCAAUGGGUUUUUGCAUCUUCUGAACCACUUAGCGCUCAAGUCGACCAGACAAUCAAGGUGAAAAUGGGUUCUGACGACGAAAAUCCAUAUCCAAUAAGACAUCUUUCGUACCAAAGAAGCACUAUGGGAGGAACGAAUCUUAUUGGUCCACCAAUGCCAACAUUUUAUGGUUCAGUUGCGUCUGUCUCUCAACUAUUACAACACAAUAACAUGAACAAUAAUCCAACACUAACUAUGAGUCAACCAAGGCAAUACGCAUUUGAGGAGCGACUUAUUAUUAACGAUGAAGAUACACAAUUUCAUCUGAGCACCAACACUAUAUCGUCCAGUAGUGGUCUCCGUCAAGAGUAA